AUGCCUCGUGCAACCUCAGAUCGCUUCACGCGUGCUCAUCAGCCAUCGGCAAAGUCAAAAGCCUCCUCAUCCGAGGCAUCUUCCUCUGCUACCCGGAAUCCCAUCUUUAACACCGAGCGGUUCGGCCAGCAUAUCCUCAAGAACCCACAGACGGCCCAAUCAAUAGUGGAUCUGGCCAGCUUGCGCCCCACAGAUAAAGUCCUCGAAGUGGGCCCUGGUACGGGCAACCUGACAGUGCGCAUCUUGGAAAAAGCAAAGCAUGUCAGUGCUGUGGAGAUGGAUCCUCGCAUGGCGGCCGAGUUAACGAAGCGAGUGCAGGGAAAGCCCGAGCAGAGGAAGCUCGAGAUCAUCAUCGGUGACUUCGUGAAGGCCACGCUCCCCUACUUCGAUGUCUGCAUAUCCAAUACUCCCUACCAGAUUUCGUCGCCUCUAGUCUUCCGUCUCCUCUCCCACCGCCCUCUCUUCCGCGUCGCCAUCCUCAUGUUCCAGCGCGAGUUCGCGACUCGUCUUGUCGCGCAACCAGGUACCGCGCUCUGGUCGCGGCUCUCGGCGAACGUGCAACUGUACGCGAAGGUCGACCUCGUCAUGAACGUCAGUAAGAACAACUUCCGACCCCCACCGAAGGUGGAGAGCAGCGUGGUGCGUGUGGUACCUCGCGAUCCGCCGCCCCCAGUCGAGUUCGGCGAGUUCGACGGGCUGGGUCGGAUCAUAUUCGGAAGGAGAAACAAGACUGUGCACGCGAACUUCAUGGCGAAGGGUGUGAUGGAGAUGCUGGAGACGAAUUGGAAGACGUGGGCUUCGGUGAACAAUGUGAUUAUCGAGGACGGGCUCGACUUCAAGAAGAAGGUCGAAGACGUACUAGAGGAGACUGGGUUUGCGGAGAGUCGAGCGGCGAAGAUGGACAUCAAUGACCUACUCAAACUCUUAUCGGCCUUCCACGACGCUGGCAUACAUUUCGCAUGAGCUAUCUAUCACUAUCGUGUUGUAUCUCCUCUGGGAUGCUUGUUGUAAUUUAUAAUCUUUUUACGGACACCGAAAGGAGGACCUGAAU